AUGGACAGAAUGAUGUUCUUUAAGAAACUGUCUACGCCAUUCAAAGUUUGUCUGAUAAUCGUGGUUGAGAUCGUCGAAUCGAAGUUCUUACCAGUCCUGAAUUCGUUCGGUUUGAAGUCAUGCGCGACUGACCUCGGAGAUCUGCAGCAUGUCUAUUCCUAUGACUCCUUACUCAAAUGUCUGUCAGCCUGUACGUCAAUGAAUGACGUUAUCGGAUGCAACUACCAACGAGAUACCAGAGUCUGUCAGAUGUUUAGAAGCAGAGGCAGUGUGGCCAUAAAGCAUGAUGCCUCUGAAAUUUCCUCCAGAUACAUAAACUGUUACAAAGAUGAUCAGACCAUCAGGGAUCUAGUUUAUCGCACCUACAGCUUCUUAAUGACUCCAUCCUUCUGCAGUGAUAACUGUCGCAAUUACGGCAAAACAAUUGCUGGAGUUCAGCCCGCCCGAUCUUCGUGGCUCUGUUGCGGUUGGGCUCAUGUAUGGGAACAACAAACCAGGAAGAGCAGUGAGCGGUUCAAAAAUGAAUGUUACUGUUCGGAUUCUUACGGAUUGUACGGAGUUGGAACGGGAUGUAACAGUCCCUGUGAUGGGAAUCCCAACGAAAUCUGCGGAGGAGCUAACUUCAACAGCGUUUAUACGGUCUGCGACAAAGGAAUGUACGGAUUGAAGUGCGACCUGAGAUGUUCUUGUGGGGCCCAGUGUGUGUGCCAUCGCUUCACUGGUGUGGCCAUUUAA